UGACCAACAUGAAGUGCAGAUUAGGUUCCUCACUAGACUUGACCUCCAUGGCUACUCUUUGCCUCUUGCUUUUGGCUUUGAUUAAUACCACCUUGGCCAAAGUAAGCCCCAGCUUUACUGAUUGUCGUGGGCAGUUCUAUGCUAGCACUCCUCCGGUGGGGUUUGAUAGUCUUUCCAGCCAGAUUGCACCCAUCUGCCAGAUGUACGAGACCUACAACAAUCCUUUCUUUGCUUCCUUGUAUCACAAGGUGAACCAUUACCCUUUAUAUUCAGCUUAUAUCCUGGACACCAGACCUGGGGACACUACUGGGAGUGACCAGACUUUCCGUUUAGAGCCACAGCUGGUGGACACAAGGCUCCCCAGACAGAUCAUGCUUCAGCCUGAUACAGAGUCAGCAAUUCGUUCUCUGAGUCUUUCUGGAGUCGCCUCAGACCUUAUCAAAAAGGUUCAGGCAAUAAAUUCUGAUUAUACUGGCAGCAACUACCACAAGGGGCACCUGAACCCAAAUGCUGACCAUCCCUCUGGGCCAGGACAGCUGGUCACAUACACCCUGAGCAAUGUUGCGCCCAUGCACGGCCCCCUGAACAGCGGAGCCUGGAGGAACAAUGAGAUGAGAGUGAGGAACAUUGCCGCUGGCUGUGGCAAGAUGUAUGUCAUUACUGGGGUCGUUCCUGGAAAUAACUGGAUCUCAGUCAAUGGGGUGAAGAGAGUCAACAUCCCCAGCCAUGUGUGGAGCGCCUUUUGCUGCCUGGACAACAAUGGGCGCCCCAUGAAAGCCGAGGGCACCAUCGCUCCAAACAAUGCCAACAGUGUCCAGACGGGUCUGUCCAUUUCAUCCCUGCAGAGCCAACUUAAGUCUCUCCUGGGGGUCGGUGUCACCUUGUUUCAGAACAACUGUGCCUAGACACUUAUCACUUAUCAAUAAACGGGGAGAGGACAACCCCUCCUACCCACAUUCA